AUGGAUUGUAAGAGAGCUGUUACUUUCUUCUUCCUCUUCGCUAUUCUCAUUGUUCCCUUCAUGCUUUUUCCCGCCACAGCUGCUCUUGGAGGAAGAGGAGGCAUGAGGGUAUACUGUGCCAGUAGAUGUAGAGGAAGGUGUGCAAAGGCAGGGUUUCAAGACAGAUGUCUCAAGUAUUGUGGCAUUUGUUGCAGACAAUGUAAGUGUGUUCCUUCUGGUACCUUUGGCAACAAGCAUCAGUGCCCUUGCUAUCGAGACAUGCUUAGCUCCAAGGGCAAACCCAAGUGCCCUUAG